UUCCUGUGGGGGCCUCGUUCCCUCAGAAGCUCGUGCUGGGCGUGGAGGGCAGAAGCGAAGCCUGUGGCAGCAUGGAGGCCGCAGCCCGAGGCGAUGGCGGCGGCGUGGCGAGAGGUGGUGAAGGCCAGGGCGAGCCAGAUGGAGCCAGAGGUGUCGCACAAGACGUUGGAGGUCCACAGGCCUUGCAGCUGCCGCCUGCUCCUGGGCCGAGAGGAGAUGGUUUCCCCGGGGCGGGCAGACGCCGAAUAUGGCGUCUCCGUGGCCACGCCGUCCCACGGCCUGGUGGCCAACCCGCACCGCACCCAGGUGGACGCGCCGCGCCGGGACCAGGUGGAGACGCCGCCUACGGACCAGGUGGACACGCCGCGCCGGGACCAGGUGGAGACGCCGCGCAGGGACCAGGUGGACACGCCGCGCCGGGACCAGGUGGAGAUGCCGCCUACGGACCAGGUGGACACGCCGCGCCGGGACCAGGUGGAGAUGCCGCGCAGGGACCAGGUGGACACGCCGCGCCGGGACCAGGUGGAGACGCCGCCUACGGACCAGGUGGACACGCCGCGCCGGGACCAGGUGGAGACGCCGCGCAGGGACCAGGUGGACACGCCGCGCCGGGACCAGGUGGAGACGCCGCCUACGGACCAGGUGGACACGGCGCGCCGGGACCAGGUGGAGACGCCGCGCAGGGACCAGGUGGACGCGCCGCGCCGGGACCAGGUGGAGACGCCGCCUACGGACCAGCCCAGUGAGUGCUGAGGACCCGGGCUGACUCCAGAUUUCCAUCACCUCCGGUCUCAACCAGCCUUCUCUGUUGCUGCGGACCAUGCAGCACUUUGUGCUCCAUGUUUUCACUAAGCCCGGGCCAGGAAAGGGGGCGUAGGACUAACCUAGCGCCUCUUCCUAGGCAGGGCGUCCCUCCC